CUCCCUGAUCGGGGGGGGGGGGAGGGAGGGGGGAGACUCUGUAACGCGCAGCACUGCGUGUGGACUCAUCCUAAGAUUUUCUUCCGUAAUCCACUGAUCUCUCGUCCGGGAGUGCGUUUGUAUAUUGGUUCGGGAUCCGUUUUGCUUUGCAAACACUGGAAAUGGACGACAAAGUAAUCAGUCCUGAAAAAGUCGAGGAAGCAAAAUUGAAGUCUAGGUAUCCUAAUUUGGGACAGAAGCCGAGUGGAACAGAUUUUUUAAGGAAACGGCUGCAGAAGGGACAAAAGUACUUUGAUUCUGGAGAUUAUAACAUGGCUAAGGCUAAAAUCAAGAACAAGCAGAUACCAACUAGUGGAGCAGAAAAGAACAAAGUGACCGGGGAGCACAUUCCGACUCCACAGGAUCUGCCUCAGAGGAAACCUUCACUUGUUGCUAGCAAGCUGGCUGUCUGAUACCUCAUGUCGAAUGCACAGAACUCUUGUCAUUCCUCUUUCCUCUGUUAAUUCCUGUGUGUUUGCUUUCUUUCCUUGCACUACUGCAUCAACAUGACCGACAGCUUGGCAGAAUAUUUCAGUGCUGUGCUGUUACUGCACGAGAGUCCUGUAUGUAAAGACACUGGACUAGCCUGGGGUUUUCAUAAAUUUAAACCAUGCACUGAUGAAAUGAGUCUGUUGAAAGUAGGUAGUAGUGGGCUUCAAAUUUGAGUGAUAACUUUUCAGAUAAAUGUACAUAGUAACUUUAGAAGCAGUCCCCAUAAGUGUAAUGACAUUUUAAGUAUUUUACAUUUUUUACUGUACUUGUGUUCCCAGUUCACUUAAACUAGCAUCAAGUCAACAUUCUUCAACUGGAUUAGAUUAUGCAGCCUUCCCGUUCUGUUCUUUCCUUGCUUUAUUGUAUUGUGCAUUAAUCUGUUUAUUACAAGAAAUAACCCACACUGAUGUUAAUGGAAAAAAAGAUGCAUAGAGGAUGUGUGAAAUCUUUAGAUGCUGAUUCCUCAAUUAUUCUCAAAAUAAAUUGCUUUAAAUCUAUUUAAACUGUAGUAAUAAAUGGACAAUAUUUGUCCUCUCUGUAGCCCUCCUGGAUGUAGUACUUUCAUAUGCUUUAUAAUUGUGCCUAUUGCAGUUCUGAAAAUGGUAUUUACUUAUGAUUGGUAGGGUAGGGCCGUUAUGUAUAAAAGUCGUGAUUGAAGUGUGCAUGAGCAUAGACUGUGCAAUCACUUUGUGCCAUUUUUGUAAAUAAAAUAGUUUUGCACAAUG